CAAAAGCGCGCACCAUUUCACGCACGCCCAAAUUCGACCACAUCAAUUCGAUCCCCUCCGCUGUCUGAAUUAAUUUCCUUUCCCUCUUUUUCAAUUUUUCUUUUUUUUUCAUUCUCACUUUUUUUCGAUGUCUGGAAUCCUCCGCUGCAAGAAGCUUCGCGACGCCGCGACGCGCGCUGCCAGGAACGCCGCCGAAACCCGAUACCGCCUCCACCAGUGCUCCGCGAUCUCCACCCUCCGCCGCCGCCUCGUUCACGCCUCCUCCUCUGCCCCGCGCCGCCCCGGACUCCUCCGUCACGAUCGCCACAAGUGGGAUGGCGGUGGCGCCGACGAGUUCCACACACGCCGCAUCCGCGCCGAGGCUCACUGUCCUCGCUGCUCCAAGCACAUGAGGGUCCUCUUCCCCAACCGUUUCUCGCCAACUGUCACUGGCGACGGAAGUGGCGACUACGGCGCAGAGCGCCAUGCCGUAAACUUAUGCCCUAGAUGCAAGACCGCCUACUCCUUUAGCCCUCAUGAGCUCGUUCCCCUCCAGGGCACUUUUGUGGAGAUCGGCCGCGUCCGAGGCCCCAAUCCGGAGAAGUAUAGAUGCGAAAGCGAGGAGAACGGGAUUCGGGCUAAGAACCGGUUUUGGAAGGCACUUAGAUCAUUUUACGGCGGAGAUUCGCCGGAAAAUUGGCCGGCCGUACCGGGCCCUCCGGAGGUGCACGGGUCGGCGGUGCAGCCACCGCCCUGCUCGGCGUUCCCUAUGAAUUCGAACGUGGUGAGGGUGGCUGGGCCUGGCGGGGAAAGGGGAACAGAUGAGUCCGGCGGCGGGGGAGGCUUUGGUGGUUUGGAGGGGUGGGGAGGGUCAAAUUUGGGGAAAGAUAUGCCGACGCCCAAGGAGAUCUAUGAGGGGCUCGAUAAGUAUGUGAUUGGGCAGGAGCACGCAAAGAAGGUGCUUUCUGUGGCUGUUUACAACCACUACAAAAGAAUAUAUCAUGCUUCCUUACAGAAAAGUGCUGGAGUUGAUUCGGAGAACCAUGCAGAAGGUGAUGAUGAUGAUAAUGUGGAGCUGGAAAAAAGCAAUAUACUCUUGAUGGGACCUACUGGAUCGGGGAAGACUUUACUUGCUAAAACAUUAGCUCGCUUUGUGAAUGUGCCCUUCAUUAUUGCGGAUGCAACAACACUGACACAGGCAGGCUACGUUGGGGAGGACGUUGAAUCCAUAUUGUACAAGCUUCUUACGGUUGCUGAUUUUAACGUACAGGCAGCUCAACAGGGAAUUGUUUACAUUGAUGAAGUUGACAAAAUCACUAAGAAGUCUGAGAGCCUAAAUAUUAGUAGGGAUGUAUCCGGUGAAGGUGUUCAGCAGGCAUUGCUGAAAAUGCUAGAAGGAACUAUAGUCAAUGUGCCUGAGAAUGGGGCUCGAAAGCACCCUCGUGGUGACAAUAUACAGAUAGAUACCAAAGAUAUCCUCUUUAUAUGUGGUGGUGCUUUUGUUAAUCUGGAAAAGACAAUUUCAGAAAGACGACAGGAUUCUUCUAUAGGUUUUGGAGCAUCAGUUCGUGCAAACAUGAGAACCAGUUGGUUAACAGAUGUUGUGACAUCAUCUUUGUUGGAAUCAGUUGAAAGUGGCGAUCUUAUAGCUUACGGGCUCGUACCAGAAUUUGUAGGACGCUUCCCAGUACUGGUUAGUUUGUCAGCUCUAAGCGAGAACCAACUUGUUCAGGUUUUGAUGGAGCCAAAGAAUGCUCUUGGUCGACAGUAUAAGAAAUUAUUUAGCAUGAACAAUGUUAAGCUGCAUUUCACAGACGCCUCACUUUGUUUGAUUGCAAAGAAAUCAAUGGCAAAGAACACUGGUGCACGAGGUCUAAGAGCUAUUUUGGAAACUGUUCUUCUUGACGCCAUGUAUGAGAUUCCAGAUGUAAAGACCAAAGACGAAGAUGAACCAAUAGAUGCAGUUGUUGUAGAUGAGGAUGCGGUUGGCUCUGUAGACAGACCCGGCUCUGGAGCUAAAAUUCUCCGUGGAGACGGUGCAUUGGAACGCUACAUCACCGACAGCAAGAUUAAGGAUCGUCCUGUUUUAGAGGGUGUGGAGGUUGAAUCCGAAGGGGAGUCGGAGGACGCGUCCAGGGCCUUGGGCUUGUGAAUUACCCCUACCCUACCCGAGCUUUGUACAAUGUAACCAGCAGCAUGGCUUGGCAUGGGUGGUCUCGGUUGGAUUGAGCAGCUUGCGAUGCUUUGUCGUCGACCAUUGGACGUUGUCCGAUAAUGCAUCUGACAAUCCAGCAGCCUGAUAAUACCGCCAAGCAAUCUGGUACGCGGUGCGGUGGCAUCGAGUUACGGACAGAAAGAUUUAGCGUAUCCUUUUGACUCCAUCUGCUUUAUAUUACGGGUUCUUUUACCCGGAACAGCAAAUGUAAAGCCACUCCGCAUCUCCAUCGCCGCAUCAACAGCUGAAACAAACCCAAGUAAUUCUGAGAUUUGUGGCAUCUUGAUUUUACUUU